AUGUCUAAUACACUUCUUCCUCUUAAUCCUUCUGCUUUCUACACCUUCUCCUCUUCUAAAUUUAGGUCUCUAGUUUACUUGAUCUCUCAUCCUUACCGUUGCGUCAAUACUACGUCGAUUAGAAGACGCUGUUUAUCGGUUUCUCGAGCAUCAAAUGAUGACAUGGAAGUAAUGAAGAACAUUGUUGAAACACUACCUUCUGCUGUUCCCCUCUUCUUACUCAAUCUUCCGUCUUGGGCAAACUGGUUAUGGGGUGCAUUGGUUCUCUUAGCUUUGCCAUUUUAUGGAAGAGUAAGAAGGAUCCAAGAUCAAGUGGAGGAGACAAUAGAGACAAUAGCUGAAGUUGUAGAAAGUGUGGCGGAAGUUACAGAGAAGGCAUCAUCAGCGGUGGCCGAUGCAUUGCCAGAUGGAGAGAUAAAGAAGGCAGUUUUGGAAGUAGAACAUAUAGCUCAAGUCGUGGACAAGAGUGCUGAGGCUGUUGAAGGCUUCAUCAAUAAGAUUGAUGAGAUUGAGGCUGACGUGGACUCAUUGGUGAAUCCUUUGAUCAAAAGGAAGGCUUCAUUGGGAGAAGGAGAGGAAAAGAUUUGAGGCCUUAAAAGUGAAUAACUUGAAGGAGUUUUAAU